AUGGCUCUGGGGAUCCUGCCAUCCUUCCUCCCGAUGGUCAGGGCCCAGCAGCCUGUCCGCGCUGCCCGUCACCCCGAGGCGGCCCACAGGGACCUUUCCUCCCUCUCGCCCUCCCCAAGGAGUGAGUAUCCCCAAAUCUGGACCCCCAUUCCUCAGAAGGGGAAACUGAGGACAGAGAAAUUCAGAGGGCUGCCCAGGUCAGUCAGACUGGACACCAGAAGGAGGACUCUGGAGCCGUGGAUGACAGCUCUCAUUGUGGCAAUAGUUCUGGUCAUCACAGCCUUGGUCAUCGGUCUUCUCAUUUAUUUUCUCAUCUUCCAUGCAAGAUUGGAGUAUUAUCGUGGAAUUUUUGAAAUAUAUAGUGUCCAAGUCAACGGUAAAAAUGAAAUGACGACAUCCUACCAGAAAAGUGACCUGCGGGGAUUGAGUGAAACUUUGGUCAAUGAGAUAUUUAUGGAAUCUCCCUUGAGCAAACAGUAUGUGAGAAAUCGAGUGAUCAGACUAACCCGGGAGCGAGGUGGUGUGAAAGCUGAUAUGGUCUUGGUGUUCCGCUUCACCAAUAUCGAACCGAGAGCGCUCAGAGUCUCGAAAAUUCAAAACAUUCUAUUUCAGAAGAUGAAAAAGGACACGAGAUCUUUGAAUAUAAACCCCUCUUCUAUCCAAGUCAAUGCUUUGACUUCAUCAUCAGGCUCGCUCACUGUCCAGGCUUCUUGCGGCAAAAGAUCGGUCCCGCUCACGCUCGUCAGGAUAAUCAACCCGGAGUUUGCGAAAAAGAAUGACUGGCCCUGGCAAGCCUCCCUCCAGCGAGACAACGUGCACCAGUGUGGCGCUACCCUCAUCAGCAGCACGUGGCUCGUCACGGCGGCGCACUGCUUCAGCUCAGUGAGGGAUCCCCGCCGGUGGUCCGUUAGCUUCGGGAUAACCAUUAAACCCCCGCUGAUGAAAAGGAACAUCCGGAGAAUCAUCGUCCACGAGAGCUAUCGCUGGCCCCACCAUGAAUAUGACAUAGCUUUGGUUCAGAUCACCCCCCGGGUCACCUUCACCGAUGAAGUCCGCCGAAUUUGUCUUCCGGAAGCCUCUGAGAACUUCCCACCUAAUUCGACUGUCUACAUCACGGGAUUCGGAGCCCUUUUCUAUGGGGGGGAAUCCCAAAAUGACCUCCGAGAAGCCCGAGUGAAAAUCAUCAGUGAUGAAGUCUGCAGGCAACCUUACGUCUAUGGCGACGCAAUCACAUUUGGAAUGUUUUGCGCGGGAUUUUUGGACGGGACUUUUGACGCCUGCAGGGGUGACUCUGGAGGGCCCCUCGUUGUAAAAGAUUCUAAAGACACCUGGUACCUCAUCGGGAUCAUCAGCUGGGGAGAUAACUGCGGCCAAGUCAACAAGCCUGGCGUCUAUACCCAAGUGACUUACUACAGGAACUGGAUCAACUUAAAAACCGGCCUGUAG